UGGCUCUGUUCAGCGAGAAGGCCGGGAUGUCUCUGCCGGAGUGGCACAUCGCGGUGAAGCUGGCAGAUCAGCCGCUGGCUCCCAAAUCCAUCUUACGUUUGCCGGAGACAGAGCUGGGAGAAUGCCCGCUCGGUGGGUGCAGCAUCUCGUACCUCAAGCAGCUCAUCACCGGCAAACUGCAGGAGUCUGUGCCAGACCCUGAGCUCAUCGAUCUGAUCUACUGUGGCCGCAAGCUGAGGGAUGACCAGACGCUUGAUUUUUAUGGCAUCCAGUCUGGCUCCACUGUUCACGUCCUGCGCAAGUCCUGGCCUGAGCCUGAUCAGAAACCAGAGCCUGUGGAUAAAGUGGCAGCAGUACGGGAGUUCCGGGUCCUUCACACUGCCCUGCACAACAGCCCUGCCUACAGAGAUGCGGUCUUCAAAAUGCUGGGGAACAAGGAGUCACUGGAUCAGAUCAUUGUAGCUACUCCUGGCCUCAGCAGCGACCCUGUUGCUUUGGGAGUCCUGCAGGACAAGGAUCUCUUUUCGGUGUUUGCGGACCCCAACAUGCUGGACACGCUGAUCCCAGCGCACCCCGCGCUGGUGAAUGCCAUUGUGCUUGUGCUGCACUCGGUGGCUGGCAGCACCCCGCUCCCAGCCCCGGAGACCUCCUCCCGAGGCAUGGCCUCUGGCUCCUACCGGGACAUGCCAGGUGGCUUUCUGUUUGAAGGUCUCUCUGAUGAUGAAGAUGACUUCCACCAGAGCACAAGAUCUACACCAUCCAGCAGCACUUCUGGUUCCCGCCCAGCUUCCCUUGGCUACACCGGGGCUGCUGGACCCCGGCCGAUCACCCAGAGCGAGCUGGCAACAGCGCUGGCACUGGCGAGCACCCCCGAGAGCAGCUCCCACACGCCCACCCCGGGCACCCAGGGUCACUCCUCAGGGACCUCCCCGAUGUCAUCUAGUGUCCAGUCGGGAACACCCAUCACCAACGACCUCUUCAGCCAGGCCUUGCAGCAUGCCCUGCAGGCCUCAGGGCAGCCCAGCCUGCAGAGCCAGUGGCAACCACAGCUUCAGCAGCUGCGAGACAUGGGCAUACAUGAUGAUGAACUGAGUCUUCGGGCCCUGCAAGCCACUGGAGGGGACAUUCAGGCUGCCCUGGAGCUCAUCUUUGCUGGUGGAGCUCCCUAGCUUUUUGGGCAGGA